AUGAAGCUCAAGCUCCAAGUGGUGCUCCUCCCCGUGACCCUGGCGGAAAUCCCCACCGACAGAGUCACCUCCUACAAAAAAUUCCUACAUUUGGCCGAUCCUCAGAGCACAAUCGGUGAGGUCUGCGAUGCCUUGGUCAACCGAUACUACAAACUCUACCCUGACGCCAAACAGCUCCGGGUAGAGGGCGUGCAGGAUAACGAGCGGUGUGAUCUCGACCCGGAUUUCGCCGCCGAAGAUGUAUUUCUGUCGGGCGAUACGCUCAGAAUCUUGUGCGAGAACUUAUUGUUGGACGCUGUGGGAACGUCUACGAUCCUAGAGGGACCGAGUGAGAAUUCCCUUACACAGGCUUUGCGAAAGCGGGUAGGCCUGCCCGAUUUGGACCAUGAAGAUAGUCGCUUCUCCAAGAGAUCGCGGACGAUCUGGGGCUUGAGACUGGCCUCGACGCUGUUCGUGAAAACAGCAGACGUUUCGCGCGACCGCGCGAUGGAGAGCCCCAAUACCUCGGUCAUAUAUACCGCGACACAGGCAGAGUCGCCGACGCUUUUGCCGCCUCCCGAGGAUGAAGAUCUGCGCUCCAGAAUCAUUCCUCACAAGAGACUGUCUCCGAAGUCUACCCAAGGCAAACGCAUAACGUCUGGAAUGCUACAGCUUCCAAAUGCAGUCACAGCGCCGGCUGCACAGACUCCAUCGGGCAGCCGGGUUGCAACGUUGACGAAGGCCUCUCUGAACGAUAUACUUUCCAGCUCAAACACCACCAAUACCAAGGAUGCCUUUAGCGACAACGACGAGACUGAGAUGAGCCGAACUGCGGCUGAUUUCUCGCGUAUUGCUCGCGCUUCGGGCCCCGUAUCGUCGGACGUAGAAGAAAUAGAGAGUAUCUCCGAGAGCGAGUUCGAAACUGUCAGCGCAAACACAAAGACGGCGGCCUCCCUGAAUACUGCUCACAAUAACAAGGUCAAUCUCCCUCCUCCUCGAGCUCCCCAUGGAAUUACCCCUUCGAAGAAAGGCCCACUCCUCACACUGACUCCUGCUCCCCAGAAGACAAAACAACCUGGCUCUGUAGCUCAAGUUCUAAAGAAUGGUCAACAUUUGCUGGGCAACGGGAACACGGUGUCGUCCCAGUCAUCAAUUCAGGCUCAGACAGCGACGAAGUGGAAACCUGGGACAGGCCCAAUUCCGAAAGCUACAACUGCGGCAUCAGGAAUCCCAGGGUCGAGCAGCAUGCCCACUAUUAAUUCUACUGUGCCCAAACAGUUCUUGAAUCUUAACGUGGCUCAUUCAGAAUCAAGCCAGCCUCUCAAAAAUCCCACAGCUCCUAAUCCCCUGUUUGUGCCUAAUUCUUCAGCGGCUUUACCAAACUCCGCAAACUCUACGCACAAUAAUUCUCAUAAUCCAAUUUCUUCCAAAAUGGGAAUUAAUAAUAUAGCUUUCUCUGAUGCAAUUCCCUCCGCUUCGGCUCCUCGCCAGUCAGUAACAAAGCCAGCUAGUAGAGAUACUACACUUACAACAGAAAAUGCCUCUGCCAGACCACUGUCAAGUGACAGUGUUGCUCCCGCAAAUCAUUCGAAAGUGCAUGCCAGCCAGGCAGGAUCUGUUCCUGGAACAAAAUCUAUGGCGAGUAAAGAAACUGGCCCAAUUGCUACUGGUGAUAAUUUGGUCAGGUCCGGGCAAACUCCUGCAAGAGGAAGUACCACAGUAAGUAGAGAUUGGCCCACGAACUCCGCUCCUACGGUGCCGACGUCCAAAGAGCAACCACUGAUCUAUCCUUAUACGCCAAAUGACCAGAACCAAGCAAAGCUGGCGAACACCCCUGUUCCUAGAGUGCAUUUGGAAUUGAAUCCCAUGCGCAGUCAGCAAAAUGUCAAUUCGGCGUAUUCUCCUAACAACAAUCAAUACAUUCCUCGUCAGGCCGCCACUCCGCACAUUAAUACUCAGGUUCUCUCAAAUAACCCUCCGGCGCAACAGAAUAGCCCUGGUAUCAUAGUUACUCCUCGCAGUAACCACCUGCCAUAUUCCACCAACACACGCCUGUCUGAGCAGGUGCAAAAUUCGUCGCCACAGUUCAUCCAGUAUCAGACAGGGUAUUAUCAAUAUCAUCCUCGACCUCCUAUCGUAUUCAACAACUCUCAAAUCGGCCCUCAACAAAAUUUUCAACAAUCGCUUCCCAAAGACCAUAAUCAGCCAAUGCUGCAAUCAAAUGUUCCAUUAUAUACUACUCAAUCGAGUAGCAAUACAUCUUUUGAUCCACAACCUCCGAAACAAAGCCAUCAUGGCGAUCGCGGCAACCAAUUCACACAUCACCAACAGAAUUCACAAAACUUACUACAUCAACAUGGCAAGGUUCAGAAUGCUCAUUAUGGAAACUCGGGUGCUGCGUUUAAUGCUUCGAGAGCGAGCCAGGACAUUCAGGCUGUCCAGAAUCCCCCUAAGGGUGGCGCAACUUCUUCGAUUCAGACCAAUAAUUCAACUCUGUCUCGGCCCGCCAACAACCCUUCUGCAAUGUAUACGCCUGUGGAUGCUUCUGUGGGAAGUUACGCGGCUCAACUUGCUAGAAUGGCGAAUGCUGUAGGCACUGCUACAUCAGCGACGGCAAAAGAGGUCACCUCAACAGACAAGCAGCUGGAAACGUAUGAAGUACAAUCAAGAACAACUUCUCCUGUUACAGCCUCUGGUCCAGGGAUUCUGAUCCCGCCAACUCAGCCAAUGUCAAGUGCAAAGCUGGUUGAGAUGACAUUACAUAAAACUCAGGAUUCUGGUGCAAAAGAUGACACCACACGCCUUAUGCAUAAGAAUUUUUUUCAACUCAGUGGAAAGAAUCUCAUUUUUAGUGCUCCGCGAGCUCCUUCUGUUGAGGCAGAAGACCGGCAUUUGCAAGUCGGAGAUAAAUCAUCGUCUCUGGGGAAAAUUUCAAAUGGGGCUUUGCGCACUCAAGUUCCCUCAGGUAAUUCUGAAAAAUAUAACUCGACGCUGGUAUCAGCUGCGCCAAACACCACCUCAGAACAAAUUCGUCAGGCUAACGUAAGUAAGGACCAACAAACCAGCGCUGUUGAGGAACAGGUCACUGUUCCAAGUGUGGCAAACACGCCCGUGUCAACUGCGCCCGAGACCACCUCCGAACAUAUUGGUCAGACAAAUUUGAGUAAAAAGCAACAAGCCAGCGCUUCUGAGAAACAGGCCACUAUUCCAAGUGUGGUGAACACGACUCCCGGAGAAGCUAUCGAAACACAUUCAGAAACGACGCUUCAGAAGACCAAUAAUCGUCUCCAUACUCUGCUGAGUGAAGAGGUUCAAGCUCAAGGUGUGGUUCCCGAAGAAGUCACGGACACAUCACUUCAUGGGAAUUCUACUGAACUUGCGGACGGCAGCACGAAGAGAUCAAACGACAGAACGCCAACCCCCGCAAAACCACAAUGGGACUCUCGUCUCACUCCUGCGAAGGCAAAAAUUGGCUCUGUUUCAGGUGAAUCUCUGCGUGUAGAACACCCUCCAGCAAAUAUUACUCCACAGAAUGGGUCGCAACCUGCUAGUCGUGUAAUUCUGAACCUUACUCAACAAACCAAAAAAGACCAGGCAAAUCUUAGCAAGGAAGAGAUAAUCACUUUGUUUAAAAGCAAUAUGCGUGUAUCUAACAAGAUAAACAAGAAAUUAGCGGUUCAAGCACCCACUGGCCUCUUUGAAGAACCAGACGAUGAGAAAGAACGCAUACGUAUGGAACAUAAUUUGGCUGAAAGUGCUCAAGAGCUUGACAAUAGACGCAGAGCGGCAACUGCUGCUGCCCAAUCAACAACCGAACGGAGUUUGCGCUCAAGGGUAACAAUUGGUGGCGUUCCAAACUUCGAAAUAAAUCCUGACGCAGCUGUAGAGGAAGCACGCGAGAAAGAAAGGGAUGCCCGCGCAAAGGGACUACCAUACCCGUUCUGUGAUUUCGCAAGCAAAUCUAAAUUAUCUUCAGUUUUCAUCAAAUUGAAAAAGUUGGACGCCAGAUUAGAAAAAGAAUCUGCUGAAAGGGAGUCUACUGUAAGAGUGAAGACUGAGCCUGGAACUCCAAAACGAUCGCAUGUCGAACACCAGCCACAGGUAGCAUCACCAACUCCAUUGUUGAACCAAAGCUCCCGAGAGUCGAGCGAAGAGCCUUUGAUUUCUCUCAAUAGAAACAGAAGCAGAGGUGCCACUCAGAACGUUCCUAUCAGUGACAAUGAGUCUUCUUCUUCUUAUGGUCCAUCAACAGCCCCCACUCCUGCUGCGGAGCAAACGCCACUUGUCGAGGAAGAGGGCAAUGUUAUUGAGGAAGAACUUCAUGUUAUAGAGAAGGAAACUCAUGUUUCAGAGGAAGAAAGCCAUGUUUCAGAGGAAGAAAGUCAUGUUUCAGAGGAAGAAAGUCAUGAUUCAGAGGAAGAAAGUCAUGAUUCAGAGGAAGAACACAUUGGCAACCCCGUCCCCAGAAAACGUGCCGGCGAAGAUCUCAGUCUGUUGCCCUCCAAGAAGCUUCGCCGUCCAGCCUAUAGAAGACGUUUGGCGAAGCAGUUUGAGGAGGCAACGAUCAUUUCGUUGGGAUCUUCUGAUUCUGAGUCUGAGAAUGAAGCACAGCGAUCCCGUAUAGUCUCUGAAGAUGAAGUGCUAGGAUCCUUGACUAGGACUAGUGAAGUAAAUUCGGGUCGAAAAGAAAUCACAAGCAGUAGUAGAACCGAUUCUCUCAUUGCGAAAAAGAUCAGUUCCCCUGCAGUAAACAAAGUCAGAGCUGAACCGAUUAGUAUUCAGUCUUCAACUAUUGUGCUCGACCAGGCAAGCCAUGUUGAAUUGUCAGACAAACAAUUAAACAAAGAAAAGGCUGUUUCGAAAGAUCUCUCGAAGAAUGUGGUAACUCUGGUUUCCACAUCGACUGUGUCAGGUAUGUCUAGAAAUCUGGAAAAUGAAAUUCUUUCUGCCACAAAUGUGGUGACGAAGAAAAUUGUACCCACCCCAAGAGAAGUGGCCAAACUGAGUACCUCUCAUGAUACAGUCGCAAUGGCAAUGAAGAAUCCAAGUUCUUUGUCAACCGAUAAAGCGCCGGAGGAAGCUACAACCCAGACUUCCAUUCCCAGCCUGAAUUUUGAAUCAAACAGAAUUUCAGCAGGUGAAAAUUUGAAAACCAGCGACAAUCUGCAAAGUCUCUCAAAUGAAAAUGUCGCUGACAAGGCCUCAAACCUUGACAUUUUCGUCUCUCAGCCUUCGUCCACGAAAAUCGUGCAAGAUUCAAAGUCGGUUCCAAAGAUCGAUAUUGAAUUAAAAGACCCAAUGAAAAGCUCCAAAGAUACUGCCGAAACCGAGCAAAUUGUUGAGUCAUUGUCUUCGGAUCCCAUCAAUAAUGUUACAACUUCUACUCAUUCAACACAGCCUCAGGUAUCUUCAGAGUUGAAUUCCACUGAAAACUCUGCCAGUCUUGCAGCAGAUACCACGCAAAAUGAACUGUUACAAUCUGAAAGCUAUCUUGUAACUUCGAGAUCUCCUGAGAGUAUCGAAAAUACGCCAACCUUGCAAUCAAUCAAGCCUGGAUCUGCCAAAGAAAGUGUGCAGUUGCCGAAAAGCAAUGUUCCUAAGGCGGUAGAUCAGAAACUCGAUUCUAAAGUGCAAGAAAGUGCGAUACGGUCAGUUAAUCUGUCUGCCUCUGGAAAUCAAUCCGACACGUCUGAACUUGUGGCUGAGAAAGCAACUGAAAAACACGCUGGUCCACUGGCAAAGGUUCUUGCUCCCGAAUCAGUUCCCACACCUUCAAUGCAAACUUCAAUCCCCGCUCAACCCUCCAAACCAAAGGGAUCAACUUCCACGAGACCAGACUUUAGCACUCCCGAUUUCUCAAUUCCAAUAGUUGAUGCUCUGGUCAAAAAGAACGAUGCCAUUCUCAAAUCAUCCCAAGAGUCGUUUUCACAACAACUGGCAGAGAAAAAGUCGAAGGAAGAAGAAAAGAAAGAGAAGAAAGAGAAGAAGGAAAAGAAAGAAAAGAAAGAAAAGGCGAAGGAUAAAGAAAAGAAGGAGAAGAAAGAGAAGAAAGAAAAGAAAGAGAAGAAAGAGAAGGAAAAAAAGGAAAAGAGAGAGAAAAAGGAGAAGAAGGCGAAGAAUGAUGAAACUGGACAGACAGAAGAAGGGCAAAAAAGAGAGAAACAUAAAGAUAAACAUAAAGAUAAACAUAAGGAGAACCAUGAGGAGAGAAAGGAGAGAAAGCAAAGGGAGAAAGCCUUGAAGGAGAGAAGAGAGUCCCAAAAUAAUGAAGAAAAAGAAGCAAAUAGGGCAACUCCCAUGAAAGAUGUUUCGUCUCGGGCAUCAGAAGGCAGUGUUCUCAGUCAAAAGAACAAGAUGCAAGAUCAAUUACCCGAUCAGACGCAGACUCUAAACGUGCAGCCUACGAAGAAGAAGGAGAGCGAUGGCAAUAAUCUGAUACAACGAGCCACUAAGAACCUGCAUGAUUUGAAUGAUUUGCCAGGACUCUCUACAAAUCAAGAUAAGGAAUCAGCUCCAGCUGUAUCUGAGGUAACGAAGAAGAACGAUCGCCUGAAGUAUGUGUUCGACAUCCAGAAAACUUCGGGCAGUUUGAAGGAACCAAAGGUGCUGCAAAACAAGCUGGACCCAAAAGUCCCUUCGAAGGAUGAUUCUAUCACUGCAAAUACUGUUGGCGGAUCUGGCUCAAUUAAAUCAAAGAAGGUAUUCAACGAGCCCGAAUCUACUGUGAAGCACGCAAAUGUUCAAACAGACUCACAGAUAGAAAAGGUUAAACUGCAAGCUCAAUCUCAACUCAAAGACCCAAUUUCCGUGACAGCGUCACCGCCGAAGACUGAGAAAUUAUCUACGAAAGCUCCACCUAAGGCGACGACUCCGGCAGCGGUUCUCUCGAAGGAGAUUUCAACUCUGCCACUGCAAUCUUCUCCAGCACUUAAAAAGACUUCUCACCGCCUCUUGCCAAAAAGGCUCGCCUCAGCAAGUAAGACUGCCAAAUCUGUUGAUCCGGCUGAUCUCUUGCAAGCGCUGAAAAAUUCGCUGGGAGAAGAUCGUGCCACAACAAAGAUUACUCUGAGUUCUGAGACAUCGCAAAACGAUGAUGUGUCCAAGUCAGAUCUGCAAAAAUCGAAGGACUCUCACAGCAUCAAUUCUUCCAGCUCGGAAAAUACAAAACCGAACAAGGCUAAGAACACCAUUGAUAAGGUUAAAACUCGCACAAAUCCCAUCAAAAAACCCUCUCUUCUCUCUUUGACAUCCUUAGUUGCGAGAGGAGUUCCAGAUGUGCAAGAUAAUGUCAAACAAGCAGGAGCAACAAAACCAAUAAGCAAGCCCUCAAUCAAAGCACUCUCUUCAGAAUCUUCGUCAGAGGAUUCGGAUUCGGAUUCAGGCUCAGAUUCGGAUUCUGGUUCAAGCAGCGACGACUCUGACUCUGAAUCAAACUCUAAGUUUGUAAAUCUACAGAAUCUCAAAGGGGGCAAAGGUGGCAAAUCGAAGAAGAAAAAGAAUGCUGGAUUUUCCAGUCUCAUGAAAGAUGUCAAGAAAAAGUAA